CGCACUACGUCCACAAGAAAGUACAGGGUUCGCGAGCAAUAACCAAUGAACUUUUAUGUAAAGUGAUUGAAGCGUAUUGCUAUCAAAGGGAAACAACCAUUCCCGAUGAAAGCAUCAUGAAGAUAAUGACAUUGAUUGACGAUGCCGUCAGCAGAUCCACUAAAGGAGAAGUGAUUCGCUACAAUGACAUCACGCAAGCCAUCAAUGUUAAAUUGAUGAAUUAUAACGUCCAUGAUCGUAAUAUAGAACGAUACAAUCGCGGAAUUCAGCACAGAUUUGAGUAUUAUAGGCUGAAAGUGCAAGAGAGCGAAGAGACCGACCCUAACAAUUUGCUUAUGGUGAAAAAGUCUAAUAAGAACAUCUACACUGCCGAACAAGGUGUCGUACUCCUCAAUAUGUCCACCUUGGACGAGUUUGUCAAUUUGCACAUGAAGUAUGCGUUAGACUCCAAGUUUCACAAGUAUACCCGUACAUUCUUUAUAAAUUGUUUGUUCGCCCAUUUAAUGACUUUUGGGAACUUCACCGCACUCGUUAAUGCCAUGAAUGGAUUACUGAGAGUGAGUCGGGAUUGGAAGGGUGAUUUGGAUUAUGACCUGUUUAAGAUUAUCUUCACGGCCAUGGGCAAUUCAGAAAGCUCCAAGCGGUGUGCGUAUGAAUUCUUUACUUAUUUCAAGAGACAUUCCAAGAAAAUAAGUCGAGGAUACUACAUUGGUAUGAUCAAGGCGGCCCUGUAUGGGUAUGUUGAUUACGGAGUGCAAUUUUACAUUUAUCAUUAUCUAAAAGAUUUUGGAAACUUGCCGGAAUCUAUCAUCCGGUUAUUACCAAAAAGUGAGACAAUGGAACAACUAGUUGAAUUCUGUUCUAGUCGGAACAAGCUCACCCCAGAAGAGAUAGAAAACUACUGGGCUACUAACAACUUGAACAAUUCUCCUGACAAGCUCUUUCGCGAAGAAGAAAACACCAAUCCGCAAAGGUAUAUCCCUCGCUACGAUGAACGGGACGUUGAAUUAUUACAAAAACUACUUACUUAGACCUUGUAUAUACUUAGAGUAACUCGUCGUUGACAGCGGCAUUUAAUUCAUCAGCAUUAAUAUCAAUCUUGACGGCUUUGCUAAACACCAAUCCUUUCUCGUAUAUCGAGUCAUUAGCGAAUGUGAUUGAACCCAACGUUGAACCCAACAUUGUGGAGUCCACUGCCAUACGCAAGAUAUUAUCAGCAUGGCAUGCCAAAUGGUCAUAAUCGCUAUCGUCAUAGUCGGCAGAUAUCCCCUUUUGUGCUUGUUUCAAUAUUGCAACUGGGGUAGACAGUUUUGGGGUGGUGGACGGAGUGAUCCUGGCAUGCUUUGGUGUAAUUGGCUCUUCGUAUUCUCUUUUACGUUUGGUGCUUUUCUCCUUGGGUAAUUCCAAGGAGUACCCUUGAAUUAAGCCCUUGCAUUGGGAAAGUAUACCAUCUAACGGAUCGUCACUUUGGGCAAUAGGCAACGUUAUAUAUUGGAUUGGUUUCGGUUUAGGCAAGUCAAUGCGGACAUUUCGAUUGAGUUGGACAUCAAGCGGAAGUUUAUCAUGAUUUUCAGGGGUAUACGUCUUGGGAAAUCUGUAGUCUAAGGUAUUCAUUGCUCUGGGUU